UGGCAAAGAUAUUGUUACUAAUGUAAGGCUUUCCAAGUCAGGAAGCGUCACGCUAAAUAAAGCCACCAACCCUUGUAAUCGUCAAGAAGACUGGGAGUACAUAAUAGGAUUUUGUGAUCAAAUCAACCGAGAGCUUGAAGGGCCCCAAAUAGCUGUUAGACUUCUGGCUCACAAAAUGCAGUCACCUCAGGAAUGGGAAGCAUUGCAGGCUCUUACAGUCCUAGAAGCCUGUAUGAAGAACUGUGGGACACGAUUCCACAAUGAAGUUGGAAAGUUUCGUUUUCUGAAUGAAUUAAUUAAAAUUGUCUCUCCAAAGUAUCUUGGAGACAAGGUGUCAGAAAAGGUGAAGACCAAAGUGAUCGAACUUCUAUACAGCUGGACAUUAGCACUGCCUGAGGAAGGAAAGAUCAAAGAGGCUUACCAGAUGCUGAAGAGGCAAGGAAUUGUUCUUUUGGACCCACAGAUUUCAGUGGAUAGAACAUUAAUUACCUCGCCACCAAGACCGAAAAGUACAGUAUUUGAAGAUGAGGAAAAAUCAAAGCUUCUGGAGAAAUUGCUGAAGAGUAAGAAACCAGAAGACUUGAAGGAGGCCAACAAGCUUAUUAAAUCAAUGGUGAAGGAGGAUGAAGUUCGAAUGCAGAAAGUCAACAGACGCACAAAAAGUCUUGAAGAAGUGACAAAUAAUGUGAAACUGCUGAAUGAAAUGCUGGCUCAUUAUAGUAAAGAGGAUUCUUCAGAUGCUGACAAAGAGUUAAUGAAGGAGCUGUACGAGAGUUGUGAAAAGAUGAGGCGGACACUUUUUACACUAGCUAGUGAAACGGAAGAUAAUGAUAACAGUAUAGGGGAUAUUCUGCAGGCCAGUGAUGAUCUUCUACGUGUAAUAAAUUCUUACAAAAAAAUUGCUGAAGGGCACUUGGUUAAUGGAGAAGUAGAAACUCCCAAGACAUCAAAGCUUGAAGAAAUUAAACAAACAAGUGAAACAGAGACUCUUAUUGACCUUGUUGGAUUAGAUAUUCCCCGUAUUCCAUCUGUUGUACCAUCAGAUCCUGGUCAGUCCCCAGUAAUCCCUGUCCUCCCGCCACCACCACUUGGUAUUUCUGGUCAAUUUUGGAAUAAAGCAAAUGGUCAAAAUGAAAAUUCUAGCUGCUUGCAAGAUAAUGCAUCUGUAUCUCUUUCCCUUCUGGAUGAAGAGCUUCUGUCAUUAGGCCUGAAUGAUCCUGUACCUACCACACUGAAAGAGACAACAGGAAAUGCACAGUGGAAUGCAUUUCAGGCUGAACCAGAUGACUUGGACUUGAUUGGCACAGCCCCUGCAACUUCAGGCUCACCUGUCAGCUCUGUGCUUCAGAAAUUCUCUCAGCCUAUCAACAGUGCACCAGCAACCGUAUUUCCACUCUCUCAGACACUUCCACAAAAGGCUUCUGAUGAAUCUCUGCCCUUUCUUUUUAAAAGUGGCACAGCUUCUUUACUUCCAUCUGGCACAGUAACAGCCCCACUGCUGCAGUACAGCCAUGACUACCUCAUGUCUUCUUCUGGAAGUCCUUCACUUGAGCUGGAUUCACUGGGACAGAAAUGCCUGAAAGAAGCUAAAGGAACAACAUCUCAGGAGAAGACAACAACUGUGUGCCACCCAGGAACUGCCAUUCAGACUUGUGUUGCACCUUCCCAUUUGAGUACUCCAGAUGGCAUACCAGUUCAUGUUUCACUCACUACUGCCAGUAUUCAUUCGGUAGAUGCCACUUCUGGACCAGGGCCAGGAAGCCCACUUUUUCAUUCACUGACCCCUCAACUUUCAUCUCAGCAAAAUAGUCCACUGAGAGGGAUGGAGAUAUCUCUGUCAGGUGUCCAUGUUCCUUUGGAGUCCAUUAAACCAAGCAGUGUUCUUCCUAUGACCGCAUAUGAUAAGAAAGGCUUUCGAGUUCUGCUGCAUUUCGCUAAGGACUGCCCACCAGGAAGGCCUGAUAUAUUGGUUAUUGUAGUCUCAAUGAUAAACACAGCACCCUUACCUAUCAAAAACAUUCUUUUACAAGCUGCAGUACCAAAGGCAAUGAAGGUAAAACUGCAGCCACCAUCUGCAUCAGAGCUAUCACCAUUUAACCCCAUUCUACCCCCUUCUGCAGUCACACAGGUCAUGUUACUAGCAAACCCACUAAAGGAAAAGGUGAGACUACGGUACAAGCUAACAUUUACCAUGGGAGAAGAGAUCUGCACAGAAACGGGAGAAGUUGAUCAGUUUCCACCAACAGAGCAGUGGGGAAAUCUAUGAUGAAGAAACCACAGUGGAACCAUUCCUUGUCAUGUACUGAUAUGUUCCCACUCAGUGGCCUUCUGUACAUGUUAAUGAGCAGGCUGUCUCCAUACACUUGUCCUGAAUAAUGAAUACAGAAUGAGACAUUUCAUUAAUAGUGUUAUUGAAUACAGAAUAAGUUGUCUCAUGGACUUCAUGAGAAUAGGAAAGAGGCUGCUCUGUAUUGUUAUUACUUCUUCAUUAAGAUGAGCAGGUGGACUUUACAACAUUGCAUAAUGGGCAGCUUACGCAAAAAAAAAAAAAAAUAGCUGCUCAGACAGACUGACUAGGUUAGAAAUAACCAAGAAGAAUACACUCCCUGAGAUGCACUUAGUUUAUCAAGGCCUUCGACAUCCAGAAGCCAAUUGCACAUGAGAGUUUCAAAAAGAUGAAUGAAAAUAAUGGAAGUGACUUGUGUGUUUGACUGCCUGAGUGCUGCUGCAUUUAUUUGCCACUUCUGUACUCACUAAAAUAUAGGGUAAUAUCCAGACAUUGCUGCCUCCCAUCAAUUUCAUUACGCAGUGUCAUUUAAUUACUUGCUGUUGGUAACCAAAGUCCAGAUUUACAUGAUUAGCAGUUAUCAGUGAAGCCAGAUUGAGGUAGUGGAGAAUAAUAGUUGAUAAUAAGACUAAUAUUAAAAUAAAAUGUAUGCCCCCUUGACAUGAAAAGAGAAGACAAAGAAAGAAAAAAAAUGUCCUUGCCACUUGACUAAGCCAGAGAUGGAUGCACUGGGAGUAAAUAACAUUUUAUUUCAGCCUGUCCAGAUUCCAUGAUAUAAAAAUGCUAACCACAAAAAAUAUUUUUCCUUGAAGAAAGUGUUUUUCCACAGUACAUUUUACUCAUUGCAUAGAAAUUAGGUAUUUACAGUGCUUGAAACUUCGAAACCAUUGUUUUGGAUGGAGCAUGCAUGCUGUCCUCUUUUUUUUUUUUUUGGGGGGGGACAGAUGUAUGAAGAUACUAUCAGCUCUUAGGGUUCACUUCUUCAUAUGCUUGCUUAUUAAAUUUUGGGUUUACUGCUUAUUUUAGUUUUUCUUCUCAUAAGUCCCUGGAUAAGUUGAGGACAGUAUUUUUUUCAAUUAUUUACCAAAUAUGAUUUUGUUUUUAAAAAAACAUAUUGCAGUUAUGCAAGUCUAAAAAGCUUGUCAGCAGUAAACUUUCAGUAACAACAUGUAGGCUACCAGUUGUGGAGUAGGUCUCCAAACCCGGUGGAGUAUAUUAUUAAUUGACAAGUCUGGGAAGGAAGGUCAGUGGCAGCAAACUGGGAAUACAGAGAAGCAAAUUAAUACAGGUAAAUAACAGGCUAGGAUAUUGUAUUAGCUGAGAUAGGGCUGUGGGCAGUGUGUGCCUGAUGGAAAUGCUUUGGCUACAAAAAUGUAAUUCUUAGUUUGAAUUAACAAUUUUGCCAAACAAGUGAAGACAUUUCAGACCUGAGACCCAUUUAUCUUAACUGGAUGUGGCUGUGAGCAUGACAACAUAAAUAGUGUUCAUAAUGCAUCUAGGUUUUGCUGCCUAUCUGGUUUCCUAAGUCUUAUUUCACUGAGUGAAAAUCAGUUUGUCCAAGUAAUGGAAAGGGUAUAAAAGAAUCGGAUAUUUCAGGACAUUUAUUCCAGAUUAAGUUGAGGGCAGUUUUCCACUUUUAUUAAAGACAUACUUUUUCAAAAGAUGUAGUGAUAUUUUGGUGGCAAGUUUGACCUGUUUAAGAUCUUGUGUUUUAAAUUAAACCAGCAGACUUAAUUAGGACAAAAGAAAAACUGAACAUACUAGGGAAACCACCCUCACAAGGCACACAUUGUUUACAAAGUUACUACCAUAUAGUUUCUCCUAUGUGCAGGGAGGAUAUUGAAUCUCUCAACAGUGUAAUAUGUUUGACACUUUUUAGAAAAAAAAAAAUGGUUGUUGUACAGGACUAGUAUGCAGGAUUAAUUGAUGCCUUUUACAGAGUAGAGCCUUCCAAUUUAUGCACUGCACACCCUGUGAUGAGUGGGUGCCUCUCCUAGUUGCUCUAAAUGCAAGAGAUGAAUUAAGUCUGCUGUAUGUGCUUAAUAUGGUGACCUUUUGAACAUUCAUAAAAUGUGCAGUAUAAUUUUUUUCCAUUUGUUUUAUAUAUGAAGCAUGAAACUGUGCAUCUUGACUUUGCUACUUCCAGUUACGAGAGCCAAGUUUCAGCAGCACCCUAAAAAUUAAAAAGUGAGAUAUUUUUAUUAGUUUACAAAAUGCACUGUAAAUGUUAAGCUUAAGUACUGUGAGGUGGAACCUUUGUGUUCAGAAAACUAGAUAAUAUCUAGUACCCAGUCCUUCAGUGCUGUUAACAUUGUGAUAAAGCAGCUGUCUGAAGAAAAAGUGAAUGUUUUGAAUUUGCUUGUGAACAAAAGCUCUUAUUUAUAAUUAAAAAAACUGUUAUUCCAUCUAA